CCCUGAUACCUGCAGAGCUGCUGCAGAAGCAGCGUCGUCGUUCUGGAGACUCGGGGCAUCCUGACCCUCCCUGCUCCACACGCUCAUGACUGCCGACUAGGAGUGCUCGUUCACGCACAAACCGAGGGACAAAAGGACCGCACGAUGUCCAAACACCGUCCAGACAGAGACAGCUGGGGGUCUCUCAGUGACAAAAACGUCUACGACUGGAGCUCGGAGGACGAGGAGCCGGACGGACGAGCCAGGCCUGUCCAGGUGCUGCUGGUCAAAGACGACCACACCUUUGAGCUGUCCGAGGCCGCCCUGAGCCGGAUCCUGCUGUCGGAGAAGGUCAGGGACCGAGAAGUGGUGGCCAUCUCGGUGGCGGGGGCGUUCCGUAAGGGCAAGUCCUUCCUGAUGGACUUCAUGCUGCGCUACAUGUACAACCACGCGUCUGAAGACUGGCUCGGAGAUGCAAACGAGCCUCUGACCGGCUUCUCCUGGAGGGGAGGCUCGGAGAGGGAGACCACAGGAAUCCAGAUCUGGAGCGAAGUGUUUCUGGUGGACAAACCAGAUGGCAGGAAGGUCGCCGUGUUGCUGAUGGACACUCAGGGGACGUUUGACAGCCAGUCCACAUUGAGGGAUUCAGCCACUGUGUUUGCCCUCAGCACCAUGAUCAGCUCCAUGCAGGUUUAUAACAUUUCACAGAAUAUACAAGAGGAUGAUCUUCAGCAUCUACAGCUUUUUACCGAGUAUGGAAGGCUAGCAAUGGAAGAGACUUUUCUCAAGCCCUUUCAGUCCAUGAUUUUUCUGGUUCGUGACUGGAGUUUUCCUUACGAGUUUCCUUAUGGACAAGAAGGCGGCAUGAAGUUCCUCGAGAAGAGAUUGAAGAUCUCAGAAAAUCAGCACGAAGAGCUGCAGAACGUCCGUAAACACAUCCACUCCUGCUUCACCAACAUCUCCUGCUUCUUGAUGCCUCACCCCGGACUCAAAGUGGCCACCAACCCACACUUUGAUGGACGACUUAAGGAAAUCGAUGCUGAGUUCACAAACAACCUGAAGGUUCUGGUCCCCUGGCUCCUCAGUCCUCGGAACAUCGACGUGAAGGAGAUCAACGGCAGCAAAAUCACGUGCAGAGGCCUGGUGGAGUACUUUAAGGCUUACAUCAAAAUUUACCAAGGUGAGGAGCUGCCACACCCUAAAUCCAUGCUGCAGGCCACAGCAGAGGCCAACAACUUGGCAGCCGUCGCAGCGGCCAAGGAUCUGUACAACAGAAAGAUGGAGGAGGUCUGCGGAGGGGAUCGGCCCUUCCUGGCCCCCAGCGAGCUGCAGUCCCGACACGGCGCCAUCAGAGAGGAAGCCCUGCAGCUGUUUCGGGGCGUGAAGAAGAUGGGAGGCGAGGAGUUCAGCCGGCGCUACCUGCAGCAGCUGGAAGGCGAGGUCGACGAGGUGUUCAUCCAGUACAUCAAGCACAAUGACUCCAAGAACAUUUUCCACGCAGCUCGCACGCCCGCCACGCUCUUCGUGGUCAUCUUCGUCAUGUACGUGGCCGCCGGGAUCACGGGCUUCGUGGGCGUGGACAUCAUCGCCAGCUUGUGUAACAUGAUCCUGGGCCUGGCGCUGAUCACCCUCUGCACCUGGGCCUAUAUCCGCUACUCUGGGGAGUACAGAGAACUCGGCGCCGUCAUUGAUCAGGUGGCUGGUGCGCUGUGGGACCAGGGGAGCACUAAUGAGGCUCUGUACAAGCUGUACAACGUAGCGGCCAACCACAGGCACCUGUACCACCACGCCUUCCCCGGGCCUCAGGUGGACGAGGCGGCGGAGCGGGACAAGAGAGACUGAGACAAAGACAGGAGACACUUCUCUGGAUGGGACACUUACUCUGAGCAACGACUAAAGCUCCCACGUGUAACGAACUCUCUAAUACUCGUGCAUCGAUAAGGUCAGAGCCCUCUCCUCUGUAAGGGGGGACGUCCGAUUGUCCUUCUGUCUGCAGACGCCGUACACACCGCAGGCUCUCUGACCUCCAGUCAGCCGUUUGCUUUCAUAUCACGCCGCUUUUCAUUUGUCGACAAUAAUUUAACGUGUAAACUCGUCGUUCGUGACGUUGUUCUGUUCCGUGACGUUCAGUGCCGUUAAAAACGAACAUUUCCGUCCCGGGAAAGCUGCCGUGUGACGAAGCAGCAUCACCUGCAUGGUAAAUGGUUGAUGUCUCACCUGGACUCUGAAAUCAGGUUCGGUUUAUUAAAAUAAAUCUGUUGAUGGUUGUAUCCAGGUGGUGCCAGGAAGUGCAGAAUUAUUUGAUGCAUCUCGGCCACGUGCACACGACCAGAUCCUCGGUCCAGAUCCCUUUCAUCGCCCGAACACGUAACGAGAAUCACCUGUGGCACCGGAGCGGUUUACUGAAGAGUGUCGUUCCAUAGGAUUUGUUUACAUCGUGUAGCAAACGUUGUUUAUUUAAAAGGG